AAGCCCAAACGUACAGACAAAAGGCUCUCUCGAUUAUCGGCUUAGCUUGCAGAGAGCGAGAAAGCAAAAGACAUGGCCGGACGCAGCCACGCCUCGAGAAUAGACGACUCUCGCCUCCGUGAGGUCCACCAUUUCUCCCUUUCCAGUAGACACCACAACUCACGGUCCAUCGUCUUGGAGGACCGCAUCGCCAUCCAGCACCGCGAGAUCCAAUCCCUCCUCGAGGAGAACCAACGGCUCGCCUCCGCCCACGUGGCGCUCAAGCACGAGCUCGCCGCGGCCCAGCGGGAGCUCCGCCUCGUGUCGGCCAAGGCGGCAGAUGUGAAGGCCGAGAGUGACGCUCACGUGCGGGACCUCUACGAGAGGUCCCUGGUGAUGGAGGCCGAGGUACGUGCGAUCGACGCUAUGAGCGCCGAACUCGCUCAGGUGCGCUCCGACGUGCAGAAGCUCGGCCCGGCGCCCCAAGAGCUCGCGGCGCAGUUUCGAGCCAUUGAGGACGAUAUCGCGAGGGCACGCUCGGAGGUACAGCAAGUCCCGGCGAUCAAGUCCGAGAUUGAGAGGACGCACAAGGAGAUUCAGAGAGGAAGGGCUGCUAUCGAAUACGAGAAGAAAACACGUGCUCAUAACCUUGAGCAAAGACAGUUAAUGGAGAGACAUAAGACUUCCAUGGCUGGUGAAAUCGAAAGACUACGAGCGGAGCUGGCGAAUGCAGAGAAGAGAGCAAGAGCAGCAGCAGCUGCAGCCAAUGUGGCAAACCCGAGCACUGGAUAUGCUGUAGGCUAUGGCAAUCCCGUUGUGGCAUAUUCAUAUCCUGACCCUUAUGGCACAGAUCAGGUCCAGGUUGCUGCUGAUGCUGGUCCUCAAUAUGGAUCUGGAGCUAUGCCGCAUGGCACUUAUGACAUGCAAGGAACACAUGUAUAUAGAUAGGAUCUCAGCAAACCAUGAUUUAAACAAGUUCCUUUUUUUUUGGCCCUCUUUUGCCACCAAGGUUAAAUGGCCAGAAAAUUUCGAAUCAUAUAGUUGAUAUUGUUUGUACUGUUGCUAUAUUGCAUUUCUUCCUAAAUUGUAGCUUUUAUCAAGAUCA